GGCCCUUCCCUCUUCUGCAAAGAAAAGGGAAGACAGUAGGGUUUUCUUUUGGGAAGACGACGAGAGUUAGAAAGGAAUAGCGAACAAGGCGGAUUCCAUAGGUUGUCCGCACGAGUCCGAAGGGAGAUAAAGCAGUAAAUUAGAGCAGCAGAGAAGCAGAACAGAAAGAAAAGGCUGAAGACAAAAGAAACAGAGUCGAGCACGCGAAGAAGAAGAAGAAGAAGAUAAAGACAGCUUGACGUGCUUGAAUCAGAGGAAAUCAGAGGCUUCCUCGCAUUAAAAUCUCGAGGGGGCUUUCAGAAAUAAGAAGUGGAAAGUCUGGUGCGGCUUGAAGAAAGGGGCGACUGAGAGUUUGGGGAGUCAGUCGAGCAAGGAGGAAAGACAGAAAGAAAAAGAAAAGAGAACAAAUUAGCGGAAGAGAAACAGGAGGGGGGCAGAAUAGCCUUUUAGGUUUAAGAAAUCUGCGAAGGAAAGAACAACGGAGGGAGAUCAGGAACAAGCGAGGUUAAGGAGAGUGUUUUUCCGCGGAUUCAGCCAUCUGGAAGCAACCCGCAAGAAGGAUUCGAGUGUGCUCUGAAGUAAUCCAAUGCCGAGAAAGGGUUCUUCGAAGACACCAACAAAGAAAGAAAAUCCUGUUGUAGAAGAGGAAAAGCCCACCUCAAAAUCCAAGGAACUCAGUAAAGAGAUUGAUGAGAUAUUUGCUGGUAAAAAGAGGAAAAAACCAGAACUGAAAAAGGAGAAUGGAGACGGAGAAGGAACACCGAAGAACAAGGAAAAGAAGAAGAAGAAGACAAAAAAGAAGAGUAAAGGAGAUACAGAUGACGGUUUCGAGGACCUUCCUGCACGACCGAGGAAGAAAACAGAGGAUGGGCUUACCAUCUACACAGAAGUGGAAUUAGGUAUGAGUAAAGCUAAUGCCGGUGGUACUCCUCUUUGUCCAUUUGAUUGUGAUUGUUGCUUCUAAGUAGUUUUGACCUUUCAGAAAGUGUGAAGGUGAGAAAGAAAGCUAAUCUUCAUUUAACUCUUUAAGUAAAUUGGUUUUCUUAAGUUGAGUGCACGAUUGUUUAAUUUCUCUUUGUAUUUCGUUUCUCUGUAAUUCCGUAGAAUAUUACCAAUAUUUCUACUGCAAUAAAAUUUAUUUGUCCAACCAAGUCUCCCUAAACCCAGCCUGUCGUAAAAGACCAAAAGCCCAACAAAACGGCGACGUUGUGGUUUUCUUCCUUAUAUGGUGUGUAACGUUUGUGUAUUUUGUAAGUACUUUUCUUUAAUAACUAACUGUUAAUAUUGAAAUUUAUUUUUGAGAGA